GUGAAGAGUGUGUGCGGGUCCUCACCAAAUAGCGACGCAAAAUUGAACAUCCGUCGAUAACUAUAUUAACCAACAAUGGCAACUGUUAAUCUCUCACUUUCAAUCACACUCCGCAUCUUCUCCAGUUUCUCCCUCAUUAUUCACGUGUAACAUCAGAUCAACACACUGGAUUAAUUUAUUUGUAGGUUGUUUCAGUUCAAUCUUCCGAGAAUUUGUGAAAAAAAAUGGCUGUGGUUGCUUCUGCUCCUGGGAAGGUGUUGAUGACUGGUGGUUAUUUGGUUCUCGAGAAGCCGAAUGCGGGAAUCGUGCUUAGUACGAAUGCUCGAUUUUACGCUGUUCUUAAGCCUCUUUAUGAUGAAGUUGUGGAAGUGGAGUGGAUAGAUGUGAAGGUAAAUUCUCCUCAGAUGUCGAGAGAAACUGCAUACAAAAUGUCCUUAAAAGAUUUCACACUUAAUUGUUCAAGUGAAUCAAGGAACCCCUUUGUUGAAUAUGCAGUCCAAUAUUCCGUAGCAGCAGCAUACACCACACUGGACAAAAUUAAAAGGAGUAAACUGCAGAAAUUACUGUCACAGGGUAUGGAUAUUACAAUCUUAGGUUGCAAUGACUUCUACUCAUAUCGGAGUCAGAUCGAAGCACGUGGGCUCCUGUUAGUCCCAGAAUCAUUGGCUGCUCUUCCGCCAUUCACAUCGAUUACUUUUAACGCUGGAGAUUCAAAUGGAGAAAACUGCAAACCAGAAGUUGCGAAAACUGGAUUAGGGUCCUCUGCAGCUAUGACAACUGCUGUCGUAGCUGCUUUACUAAACUACCUUGGGGUUGUUGAUCUUCAAUGUUCCGGUAAAGAUCAAAAGGGUGAAAACAGUUCGGAUCUUGAUUUGGUGCAUAUGAUAGCUCAAACGACUCACUGUAUUGCUCAAGGAAAAGUUGGUAGUGGAUUUGAUGUUAGUUCCGCUGUCUAUGGAAGUCAUCGUUAUGUCCGUUUUUCACCAAAAAUCAUUUCUGCGGCUCAGGAAGCUGUUUGUACCACGCCAUUAGAUGAAGUCAUAGGUGAAGUCUUGAAAGCCAAGUGGGAUCAUGAGAGGACUAAAUUUUCCUUGCCACCAUUAAUGAAUCUGAUUUUGGGAGAACCAGGAAGUGGAGGAUCGUCUACACCAUCAAUGGUUGGUGCGGUCAAGAAAUGGCAAAAAUCUGACCCAGAGAAGUCAAAGGAGACAUGGGACAGGUUGUCUGAGGCAAAUUCCGCACUUGAAGCACAUUUUAAUUUGUUAAGCAAACUGGCUGCAGAAAAUUGGGAUUCAUACAAAUCAGUCAUAGACAGCUGUAGCAUGCAUAAAUCAGAAAAGUGGAUGGGGCAAUUUAGCGAAGCAAGUCAUGUAGAAAUUGUUAAAGCAUUAUUGGGAGCUAGAGAGGCUAUGCUUAAAAUCCGAUGUCAUAUGAGGCAGAUGGGUGAGGCUGCAGGCAUCCCGAUUGAACCUGAAUCACAAACUCGUCUCCUGGAUGUGACCAUGGACACAGAAGGUGUCUUAUUGGCUGGAGUUCCUGGUGCCGGUGGGUUUGAUGCUGUAUUCGCGAUUACUUUAGGUGACUCAACCGCCAAUCUAACCAAAACAUGGAGUUCACACAAUGUUUUGGCCUUGCUAGUGAGGGAAGAUCCCUGUGGCGUUUCUCUAGAGAGUGGUGAUCCUCGGGCCAAGUAAUUAUCCAAAGUUGAAUCAUUUUAUUUACAGAUUAUAUUUAUUAGAUGUUUCUUCCAAGUUUUUUGUAUCAUUAAAUCUUUCGCAUAUGCACUAUAUCUCUACAUAGCGCCGGAUAAGAAGUUCGAAAUAUGACAAAUCAUGUUCUGUGUGAAAUUUCAAGUUAAUCAGCCUCUCUAUAUAAGAGCUUA